AUGGCAUUGAAGGUGCUGAAACCGUUGAAAAAUGGCGGGUGGGCUCGCAGAAAGGUAUCCGCAAAGAAAAAGGGUAAGGCCAAACGUUUUGACACCCCAGCUGUGAGCAACUUGCAUCCUGUCAUCGCGCUGACGUUGCAUCUAUUGUCUAUGGGCGGCCUGCCUUAUGCCUUGAUGAGCCUGGUUCAUGCGGUUGCUUGCAACAUGUCAUCGCCCAUGACUGCUAUUUCGGUGGCUGAGUUCUUCGCUGGAUGCAAGUCCAUUUGCAAUGGCUUCCGGCAGCAUGGAAUGACAGCGGUGAGCUUCGAGAUUGAAGACCGUGCAAUUGAAGACAUGCUCUCUGGGAUUGGAUUUGCAUAUGCCAUUUCCCUUGUGCUCCGGCUGCGGCGAACAGCCGGGCUAUGCUGGCUAGCGCCGGUAUGUUCCACAUGGGUGUGGAUAAAUCGUUCAACAUCGGGACGAAGCAGAGAGCGUCCUCUUGGGGCUGUCCAUUUGGCCCAAGUGGCCAAUGCGAAUUGCAUGGUGUCUCGUUGCUGCAUUUUGGCGUUGGUAUGCUGUAUCCUGAGAAUACCCUUUAUUCUGGAACAGCCUGCAUCAUCGCUGAUGCAGUUUCAUCCAGACUUUCAAUACCUAUGCCGGAAGUUUGAAAUUUACCGAGUAUUUGUGUGGCUUGGAUCAUACGGUGGAAGCAGUCCAAAGGGAACAUUUCUUUAUUCAAAUUAUCAAUGGAUCACAUCGCUCUACUUGCCUUUGCCGUCGGAUGCUGACUGGCCAGCUGACAUGAGCAAGCGGUAUGUCGACUCCAAAGGUGUCAACCGAGUUUGCGGUGGCGCAGAUCUGAAAGGAUCCCAGCAUUAUCCAGCGUUGCUGGGUCAAGCUGUUGCUCAGUUAUACUUGAACAACCACAAGUCUAUGAAGAAGAUCAUCAAACAAAGGGAGGAAGAGCUUUCCAGCUUGCCCAAGCCAAUGAAAGCAAUGCGGGAGUCCGGGUGGGCCAGCUCUGCCAACCUGAUCCAGGCUUUGAAGGUGCAACAGAAGAGUAAAGGUGGUUUGGUGACUCCAAACAAGCCUAGCAGCAACAGCAGUAGGUCUUCUACACCGGUUACUCCAAAGAAGCUGAGUUUUGCUGAACGCAGCAGUAUCCACCAUAUCCAAGCAGAGAACCCACCAGGGAAAGGGUUUGAGGAUGAAACCAUGAAGGGUGAGAAGGCUGAUGCUAUCAUCGCAGCCAUGCGUAAGGACACGGCAGCAAAGGAACAAAGGAAGAAGAAAGCAGCAGCAGCAGCAGCAAACAGCUCGAGUUCAGAUGAAGAGCAUGAGGCUCAAAAGGCCAAGGGCUCCAAAGAGUCAGACGUCAAGGUGAAAAGUAAGAAGGAGCAGAAAGGGAAGACGCUGAAGCAAUCAGAUGAUGAUGAGGAGCCACGGAAGAGAAAGGGGGAUGCAGGAAGAAAGACUGGACCCAGAAAGGCUCAGAAGCAAGAACCAAAGGAGAAGUCGGAGAAGCCGAAGGAAAGCAAGAAGAGAAAAGAGGAAAAGGAGAAGGAAGAAGCAAGACAGAAGGAAGAGGAAGAGAGAGAAGCGGCAGCGAAGAUGAAAGCAGCCAAAGAGGAGAGUGAGAAGGAACACAGAGGCAAUGCCAAGUCUAAGGCUAAGAAGGCAAAGGCAGAACAGAAGGCAAAAGCAGAGAAGGCACAGGCAGAGAAGGCAAAGGCAGAACAGAAGGCAAAAGAAGACGCAGAAAAGGCAGCAAAAGAGAUUGCAAAGAAGGAGAAGGAACAGAAGGCACAGGCAGAGAAAGCAAUGAAAGCAAAGGCAGAGAAAGAGAAGGAGACGCUGGCUUUGGAAGAUGCAAAGAACAUGAAGCCUGUGAGCUUGCUGAAAAAGAAAGAGGCAACCGAGAGUGAAGACGAAGAAGAAGACAGCAACAGCAAUGACAGCGAAGGUUCCAGCGAAGGCGAAAGUGAGGAGGAAGCAAGCCAACUUGAAAGCGAUUCAGACCAUGAAGAAGAAAGCCAGGAGAAGAGCUCAGACAAUGAAGAGGUAUCAGAAGAAGGCAGUGAAGAUGAAGAUCAGGAGGAGGAAGAAGAGGAGGAGGGCAGUGUCUCAGAGAGUAGCCAGGGUGAGACAAACAGCGAAGGUGAGGACAGCGAUGGGAAGGGUGAGAUGGGAAGCGAAGAGGAGAGUGAGAAGGAGACCAAAGUUGACACGGGUGUCAAGAGAAAGCUGUGUGAGGAAGAGGCCAAAGCUCCGAGCGAGGCAACUGAAAAAACGAAGGGUGAGAAGAAAAGAGAGAAGAAGGAGGCAAAAAAAGAGGCCAAGAAGGCAUUGAAAGAUGCAGAGAAAAGCCUUGCAAAGAAGGGCAUCAAAGUCAAGAACAGCACCAAGUUUCGAAAGGAGUGGCAGGCUUUCACAAGAUACUUGAAGAACCCGACCCGUUGCCCAGCAAAGGUCAUAGCAGCUUGCAAGAACAAGGAGACCAGGCACCAGCUGUUCCAGGACUAUGUCGAGACCAAUCGGGAUACCGCCCAGGUGGAGGCCCGUUUUGAGGCCCGAUUGGAAGAAACCCAAAGGACCAUUCCGGAUCCUGAAUUCCCUGGGGAAGAAGAUGAAAAACUCUUCUUUGUCAUGGUGGAGCUGAACAUGGAUGAUAUCCGAGAGCUACGCCGUGUGACCCAGAUAGAGAUGCAGGGAUCACUCGAUGCUGAUGGUGUCAAGGCUUUCGUGGAGGCUGGAGGCUGCUAG